AUGGACGAGGACGCCACGCUGGUCCUGGGCGCCUUCCUUGCCAGCCUGUGCGCCUUCCAGCUCCUCUUCCACUUCCUCAGCCACUGGCUCUCCGAGAAGGUGUGCCCCGGCUUCAGCCGCCUCGGGCCCGCCAAGAAGAUCGAGUGGAACUCCAGAGUGGCCUCCACCUGCCACUCCGUGGUGGUCGGGACCCUGAGCCUGGCGGUGUCCCUGUUCGACGAGGCUGCCAUUGCGGACCCCCUCUGGGGCGACUCGCCGCUGGCCAAAGCGAACGUGGCCAUCGCUUCCGGCUACCUCAUCUCUGACCUGCUGGUCAUCACGCUGCACUGGGACGUGCUCGGCGACAAGGCCUUCGUGAUCCACCACUGUGCCUCGCUCUACGCCUUCUUCCUCAUGCUGAGAUCCGGCGUGCUGCAGUACAUCGCGAACUUCCGGCUGCUCGCCGAGCUCUCCAGCCCCUGCGUGAACCAGCGGUGGUUCCUGGAAGCCCUGCAGUACUCCAAGCUCUCCACGGCCAACGUGCUCAACGGGCUGCUCAUGACGCUGUCCUUCUUCGUGGUGCGCAUCCUGCCCAUCCCGUCCUUCUACGGCUUCAUCCUGUCCGUGGUGGGCACCGAGCCCUACGCGCGCCUGGGGCUGCUGAUCCAGUGCUCCUGGGUGGGCUCCUGCAUGGUCCUGGAUGUGAUGAACGUCCUCUGGAUGGUCAAGAUCGCCAAGGGCUGCUUCCGCGUGCUCGCGCUGAUGCGGCAGGAGAAGGCAGGCGGCGGCCUCCGCAACGGCAAGCUGGACUGA